AUGUCAUUCGAAUUGUCGUGUUCAGACCAAGACGACAACGUGUCCCGCAGCACCGUCUUCGAUGGGGAUACUAGCACCGUACUCUCUCAGGCCUUGUCCAUCCAGAGCCAGAUGACAGCCGACGAAGCCGCGGAUCAACAGUAUUCCAGCCUCUCUCUCGGCAAGAAGAGAUACCGCACGGAAGAGCUCCCUCGAGCUGGGGUGAUGAAGCCCAAGACACCGGGAAAGGAGGCAGUCAAGGAGGUGGUGGGAAAAGAGGUGGUCAAGGAGGCGGAGGUCAAGGAGGUGGCAGUCAAGGUGGUAAUCAAGGAGGCGGUAAGGGAGGAGGCGGAUCACAACAGGGCGGCUCGAAGGGAGGGAAUGUCAAGAAGCACCUGUGAAAUCUUGAUCGGUCGACUCCACUUGAUGUUGAUUUCCCGGUCUGUCAUUCAUCAGAAGAUCUCGUUCCCGAUCAUUCAGGCCGAGGGCAAUUUGCCCGCUUGUUACCUAAUUCUUCGAGCGCGACACUGCAUGAAUCUGAUCGCAGACGGUCUUCAGAUAUUCUUGCGGCUGCCAUGUGCCCUUCGGUGCUUCGGCUCCUGUACUCGUACAUCAUGGCUUCACGCCCGUUCUGCCUCAUGCCGAUUGGACGGAUUUGAGCAAGGUAUUCCAAGGCUCAAGGGCGCCAACGGUAUUGACGUUAGCUGGCAAGCACGAUUGACCUACCCCGAUUCUCGUUCUUCCGUCUCAUGUUUCAUCGAUGUCUAUGACUUUGCUUCCGCAGUUUACGCGCCUCACAUUCGAAACAAGGCGAAGCCGCGGGGCUAUGCUAUCCUUCUCGUCUCUUUCGAACUGUUCGAGAAGGAGGGUUGGGUGGAAGUUCCUGGUGCCAUCUUUAUCGAACAGGUCUCCUUUGUGUACCUUGGUGCAAGCUUCUUGGUUUUCUGCCCCAGUCAGCAGGAGGAUGCGCAUUUGCGAGUGAAUGUUGCGGUCGACGUCAGAGGGGCUUGCGAUCGCAGUGAUUCAGACCUCGAAGAUCACAAGAAGACUCGAAAGGAUGUACACACAAUAGCGUGGAAGAAGUUGCCUAUGGGUUGUGGUCGGCAUCGCUCCAUGCCCUUCCUCAGAGGGCUACUCUGGGAAGGCUGGGAAGCCCUCAUGCUCUCACAAACCUACUCCUGUCGAGAAGACGAUGAUGACAGCAGGAGUCGUGGCGAUACUUACACUACCAUCGCGACCUCCUCGGCUCCGUCUGCAAGUUUUAAUGCCGCGAGUUCUUUGCCCAGGGAAUACCUGUCGACUCGUGGACAGCAGAGCUAUAACGCCAAUGAUUCGAAUGAUAUCGCCCCAGCCAGAGGCAGUCAGUACAAAGGUACUGGUCGUCAAGCACCUGCCACCAAACCGAAAGAUCCCCCUCAAGGUACUCAGGUAGAUCAGCCAAGAGACGGUGGUGACAAGCCUACCGAGGGGAAUGUUGGGGGUCAGGCGAAAUGA